AUGUCAGACACCACUAUCAAUCCGCUGGAUCUGCCAGCAUCUCCAUCCUCGGAGAUGUUGACUGUCUCUCCCGCUGAUACCUCAUUGGAUUCUCCGGAACCGGAGGAUCUGGAGGAGGAGAAGAAGCCAGCGAAGAAGAGAAAGUCCUGGGGCCAGGAACUUCCAGUCCCAAAGACCAACCUCCCUCCACGAAAACGUGCCAAGACAGACGAUGAGAAGGAACAACGACGCAUCGAACGGGUUCUCCGGAAUCGCGCCGCAGCACAAACCUCGCGCGAGCGCAAGAGACUCGAGAUGGAGAAGUUGGAAACCGAGAAGAUCAGCAUGGAACAACAGAACCAGUUCCUACUGCAACGGUUAACCCAGAUGGAGGCGGAGAACAACCGCCUAUCUCAACAGGUGGCGCAGUUAUCCGCCGAAGUCCGUGGCUCUCGCAGCACCACCCCCAAGGCUGCAUCUCCAGUCACAGUCACCGAAUCCCCCACCCUCACCCCGACCCUGUUCAAUCGGGAACGGUCAGAGCUCAACAUUGAGCGCAUCCCGUUCCCCACCCCCUCCACCGAAUACUCCCCCACCCUCAAGCCCUCAACUCUGGCUGAGGCCUCCGACGCGACACAACAUCCUGCAGCGGUGUUGUGUGACCUGCAGUGUCCGUCGCUGGCCUCGAAGGAGCUAGAAGUGCGCUCCCUCUCUUCGACCUCUCGAGUAUCGACCCUGCAGUUUCAAAUGAUGCUGCAGCUCCUCUUUCUGACGAUGACUUCCGUCGCCUCUUCCACGGUGACUCACCCUCUGAGUCAAAUCCUUCAUUCCCUGAAGACGGGUUUGCCUUUGGCGUUCUCGACGGUGGAGAUCUUUCAGCAUUUCCCUUUGAUUCUUUGGUUGAUUUCGACCCCGAGUCUGUCGUCCUCGAAGGCGUCGACCCGACCGGUCUUUCGGAUGAAGCUUCUCAUCAGACUACUAGCUUGCAGCCCAGCCUUGGCGCGUCCACUCCGCGAUGCGACGGGCAGAGCAUUGCAGCUAGCGGUUAGUGAGCAAAGUUUCCCGCAGACCGGGUCGGCCGACGCCCCGGAGGGUCGACCGCGGUGGGAGUCGUUGUUGACCAUGGCCUGGGCAAUCGAUCGUCUCAGCCAGUCUCAACCCCGACCUAAUAUGAAAUCCGGACGGCGACGCAGUUACGGAAAGAGAAUCAAUCGGAGUACACGGAGUUCUUGGAGUUCAAACAUUGGAGAGACAGCGUCUCUAUUGGGCAAACAAUGA